UACAUACAAAACAAAUCAAGAUUUUUGUUUCUCCAGACUUUCCACUUUCCACUGUUCUUCGUCGUCUAUUCCUUUAAAACUGCAAUCGUUUUUCUCUCUAUUAAUUCUAAAUUCUGAAUUCUUAAUAUGCUCUAGGGAGAGAAGCACAAUUUCAAAUUUGCCAAGUUGCACACCAACUGAUUGAUUUGUUUGGUCAUUGUACAUAAAGAGAGAAAGAGGGGUCAAUUGAUUGAUUUGACUUGUGAUUCAGCUAUGCAGAGGCAAAGCCCGCCGAUGCAUAGACAUGAUGGAACUUCGCCUUUGCCCUUGGGUAUGGAUUGGAGCCCUCCCCCCAAGAAUUGGGCUGGGCGAGAAACUGUUUGGCCUCAUGAUCCUCACACAGGUUGGAGCUACUGUGUUACAAUUCCUUCGUGGGUUGUCCUAGCAAAAACAACAAAUUCAGAUCCCAUAGUGUUUUACAGGGUUUUGGUUGGCUUACAAUCACCAGAUGGGAAUACAACUACACGGGUCGUAUUAAGAAGGUUCAAUGAUUUCUUGAAGUUUCUUGCUGCUGUGAAAAGAAUAUUUCCAAGGAAGAAUAUUCCUCCUGCGCCACCCAAGGGUUUCUUGCGGAUGAAAACUAGAACCCUCGUAGAAGAGAGACGGUCCUCCUUGGAGGAGUGGAUGACCAAAUUACUAUCUGAUUUUGACGUAUCAAGAAGUGUUCCAGUGGCAUCUUUUCUUGAACUGGAAGCUGCUGCUAGAUCUUCAUUUCUAGAUGAAACCCAACAUGCUUCAGAAUCAAAUACUUCUGUGAAUAGUUCUGUGUCUUCCCUUCAAGUUCAUCAUAAUGUAAGCUUGUCUGCAAUCGCUGCGAGUUCAACACUCACAUCAGAUUAUGGUAGUGACACAGUUUAUGAGAUAUCUGAUGUUGGCACACCACGCCUUGGAAGGGAUAAUAACUCUGAUUUUGGGACAGAUGAUCUCUCUUUGGAUGAAGAUGUGACAAGUCCAAUAGAUAAGUUUGUUAAGUAUGGGAUGUCCAACAUUGAUGAAGGCUUGUUCAUGGGUCAGGCUAUUCUAGAACAACUUGGAAAUUAUCCUAGACAUAGGGUGCACAACAGAGAGAACAAUAAAUUUGAAGAGAACAAUAAAGCUAAUGGAAAUGCUUCCAAAUCGUCAGAUCUUUCUAUUGGUACUGAUGGUAUGAACGGACUCUCUUUGGAGCGGGAGAACACCAAAGUUAUCCAUCAUGGUAGAAAGUUAUCAGCUGAGAGCAUUGGAAGCGAUACAAGUUCCCAAAGAGGCAGUGAAUUGUCAGGUUCAGCAAUUCCCAAUUUACAUGGACAAGGGCUGGUUGAAAUCCCCAGAGUGGGUGAGACGUCAGCAAACAUUGAGAACACUGACUUACUGCUGCUAAGUGAUGUGCAAUUAUUACUUCCUUCAGAUCAGCGCCAAAAAAUGAACAGGGUGCUUGCAACCAUGCAGAGGAGACUGAUUACAGCAAAAACUGACAUGGAGGAUCUUAUCUCAAGAUUAAAUCAGGAAAUUGCUGUGAAAGACUACCUCACAACUAAGGUUAAGGAUUUGGAAGUGGAGCUCGAGGCUACUAAACAGAAAAGCAAAGAAAACCUUGAGCAAGCAGUAUUGAUUGAAAGGGAAAGCGUCACCCAGAUGCAGUGGGAUAUGGAAGAGCUUCGGCGGAAGUCAUUGGAAAUGGAACUGAAAUUGAACUCACAUAAGGGUAAACUGGGGAAUGCUUCAAUGGAAGACAAUGCCAGUCAGGAGAAAGACAGAGUCUUGCAGGAGUUGGAUGCCACGAAAUGGAAGCUUAAUGAGUUGCAGAAACAACAUCAAGAACUUGAAGUAAAAUCAAAAGCUGAUCUUAAAGUUCUCAUUAAAGAAGUAAAAUCACUUCGAGGCUCACAAGCAGAUUUGAAGAAGAAGCUAAAUCAUUCUCUUGAAGAAAAACUGGAGGCUGAGAGACUCUAUGAAGAGGAGAGGCUAGGCAAUGAACAAGCAAGGACAUCUUUCAUGAAGCUGCUACAUCAAUGCCAAGUUCUUCGACAACGCUUUGAGGAGUGCAACAUUAAUUUGGUCAGCGAAAACGAAGAUGACCUUUUCAUGGAUCAUCCCUCAUGCUCAGAUGCCUUGAAUCUCCUCAUGACCUAUGACAACCAAAUCAACUUUCUCCUAGCAGAGGUGAACACAGAUGAAGGAACUGAUUCCUCUUCUCCAACUGCUGAGAAAAUGAAUGAAGUAAAUAGUGACUCCUGGACUAUAGAUGAAAAGUUGAGAAACGUGUUGACAAAUGUCCUUGUUGAUAAUGGUAAGUUGAGGAAACAGGUGAACUCAGUCAUCCGUUAUGCUCUGAAAAAGAAAAUGUCAUCUGGAGAGAGUGAAAACCCUUCGAGUGAAAUGUACAAAACAAGCAUUUAGAUGAUGAAGUCGGCUAAAUAUUGCAAUAUCUGAACCCGUACUCCCAUGAAAUUAUCUAGAGUUGACAUCCAACAUGAUUGUUGGUAUUGUAAUAUCAUGGGAUCCUUAUGUAUACAGCUCUAUAGAUGCAACAACUGAAGAAGUAUGCAAAAUGUCUAGCUUUGUAAAAUUGGAUAUUCAUUGUAGCACAUUGACAUAAUUGCUUGAUAGCAUAUCAUUGUGGCAAAAUAUUUAAACCGGAAAAAAUUUGAUAUGCAGUACAAAUUUUGACACUUGAA